UCCUUCUCCUGCCUGCGGCAGCCCUGCCUGGCCACGGCGGCGGGGACGCGCCACUCCCAACAUGGCGGCGAGGGAGAGCGGAAGCGGGGCGGCUCGCGCGGGGCACGCCGGGAAGGUGCUGUGGGCACGUGGUGGCGGGACCGGGACCGGGACCGGGGCCGGGAUCGCGAUCGUGACCGCCUGUGCCGGUACCGCCAGCAGGUCUCGGGCCCACCCGCCGCCACCAUGGGCAAGAAGAGCAAACUGGGCAAGAGCCGGAGGGACAAGUUCUACCACCUCGCCAAGGAGACGGGAUUCCGCUCCCGCUCCUCCUUCAAGCUCCUCCAGCUCAACCGCAAGUUCCAGUUCCUGCAGAAGGCCCGGGCGCUGCUGGACCUGUGCGCAGCCCCCGGUGGGUGGCUGCAGGUGGCUUCUAAAUUCAUGCCAGUUUCCAGCUUGAUCAUUGGGGUGGACUUGGUCCCCAUCAAGCCCAUUCCCAACGUGGUGACGCUGCAGGAGGACAUCACCACCGAGAAAUGCCGCCAGGCCCUGCGCAAGGAGCUGCAGACGUGGAAGGUGGAUGUGGUGCUGAACGACGGAGCACCCAACGUGGGAGCCAGCUGGGUGCAUGAUGCCUAUUCCCAAGCCAACCUGACUCUCAUGGCCCUGAAACUGGCCUGCGAGUUCCUCUGCAAAGGUGGGUGGUUCAUCACCAAGGUGUUUCGUUCCCGGGACUACCAGCCGCUCCUCUGGAUCUUCCAGCAGUUCUUCAGCAAGGUCCAGGCCACCAAACCCCAGGCGUCCCGCAAUGAAUCUGCCGAGAUCUUCGUGGUGUGUCAGGGUUAUCAGGCUCCUGACAAAAUCGACAGCAAGUUUUUUGACCCAAAAUACGCCUUCAAGGAGGUGGAAGUUCAGACCAAAUCUGUCAGUGAGCUGGUCAGCAAGAAGAAACCAAAGGCAGAAGGUUACGCAGAUGGUGACACCACCCUCUACCACCGCUUCACCCUGAUGGACUUUCUCAAGGCUCCCAACCCCGUGGAUUUUCUCUCCAAGGCCAACGAGAUCACACUGGGGGAUGGGGAGCUGGAGAAUCACAGUUCCACCACGGAGGAGCUGCGGCAGUGCUGCAAGGACAUCCGCGUGCUGGGCCGCAAAGAGCUCAGAGCUCUGCUGAACUGGAGAACGAAGCUGCGGCGUUUCUUGGCCAAAAAGCUGAAAGAGCAGGCGAAGGAGCUGGAUAUCAACCUGAGCUCCGGUGAGGAGGAGGAGGGCAAAGAGGAGGAGGAGAAGGAGAAAAAGUCGUCGCCAAGAGCCGCAGUGGAUGAGGACGUGAAAGAGGACGAGGAGGUAGAGCUGGCGUUGGCAGAGAUGAAGGUCAAGGAGCUGGCGGAGUUAAAGAGAAAGAAGAAGAAGAUCCUGAAGGAACAGCGGAAGCAGCGGGAGCGUGUGGAGCUGAAAAUGGACCUCCCUGGUGUCUCCAUCGCUGAUGACGGUGACACCAGCAUGUUCUCCCUCCGGACUAUCGGCAGGACACCGCUGCUGAACGAGAUGACCCGUGGGGACAUGGCUUCGGCAGACGCUCUCCUGGAGAUAGGACCUGGGGAUGAUGACAUUUACGUAUCAGAUAAUGAGGAAGACGAUGAUGUGUCCCUGGCCAGCGACCUCGACCCAGAGGAGCUGCUUGAGAUAGAAGCUCGUCAGCGGCGGCUGGAGCGGGAGAAGCGAGAGCAGAGUGUGAAGAGGGGGAAGUUUAAACAGAAGGAGGAAGAGGAAGAAAGGGAGGAAGAGGAAAAUCCCCUGCUGGUGCCUCUGGAGGAGAAGUCGGUGCUGGAGGAGCGACAAACCAACCUGUGGUUCGGGAAGGACGCCUUUGCCGGCAUCGAGGACGAUGCAGAUGAGGACCUGGAGCUGGGGCAUUCACAGAUGUUGGCUGAGAAACAGCGCGAGGCGCAGAGAGAUAAAGCAGCGAGAAAAGGGCAGAAGAAUACGGUGGUUCCCCAGGAGGAGGCUCCAGCCGAGCACCCUCCUGCUGCAGACGUCAGACCCGAUGCUGACAGCGUGCAAGACAAUCAGAGCAGUGACGACGACACCAGCAGCGAUGAUGAGAGCCCACCCACACCAGUGGAGAGGAAGCGGGGCCGUGUGGAGCCGUGUGGCUUCGAGGUGGUGCCCAUCGAGAACCCAGUGAAAAGAGCCCGUGUCCUGGACGCAGAGGGGCUGGCGCUCGGCUCCGUCAUCGCCACCUCCAAAAAAGCCCGACGGGACCUGAUCGACGACUCCUUCAACAGGUAUUCCUUCAAUGAGGAGGAGGGUGAGCUGCCGGAGUGGUUCACGGAGGAGGAGAAGCAGCACCGGCGCAAGCAGGUCCCCGUGGACCGGCAGACGGUGGAGGCGUAUCGGCAGCGCUGGCGCGAGAUCAACGCCCGCCCCAUCAAGAAGGUGGCGGAGGCCAAGGCGCGGAAGAAACAGCGGAUGCUGAAGAAGAUGGAGCAGAUGAAGAAGAAAGCGGAGGCCGUGGUGAACACGGUGGAUAUUUCGGAGAGGGAGAAGGUGGCGCAGCUGCGGCGCAUCUACAAGAAGGCUGGGCUGGCCAAGGAGAAGCGGCAGGUCACCUACUUGGUGGCUAAGAAAGGCGUGGGACGCCGGGUGCGCCGUCCUCCUGGCGUCAAGGGCCAGUUCAAGGUCGUCGACAGCCGCCUGAAGAAGGAUGUGAGAGCUCAGAAGCGCAAAGAACAGAAGAAAAAACGCCACAAGUGAUGAGGGACCAGGGACUCUGCUUCACGUGGCAGGGCUGCCCUCGUGGGCAGCCAGCUUGUCUUGCUGCUGUCCCUUAUUGUGGGGACAGGGACUUAACCGCACGUCCUGACAGUCUGUGCCUUGAUGUGAUGUUGCCUCCUGUCCUCUGUUGGGACGGGGAGGUUUUAUUUGGCCUCAGCGCUGUAGCAUCGACCCCCUUCCAUCUCCGGAUCUCUCACCAUUGCUGGCUGGUGGGAGACUGGCCCUGCAGAUGUGGCACGAGCAUCCACGCCAGCCCUUGGUGUCCCCAAGGAGGUUGUGGCUCGGGGACAGCUCUCUGGGCCACGUUUGUCACCGCAGCUGCAGGACGGUGGGUGGCAGUUCCCCAGUUAUGGCGGAAUUAAACUCCAGUCUGAGGAUGUCCCA